ACGACAGCUUUUUGGCCAGUUGAAAGCUGUUAACGUUCACUGCACCGAAAUAACUUGAAUCCAACAAUCUACCGAUUUUAAACUUUGUUGGCAAAACUAAUAAAAACUCUCUGCGAAACACAAAGAUGAGUACUUCAAAUCAAUUCAUGACGACUGAAUAUGAGCGAGUCGUUCGCUCGCACAUUCAGCCACGACAUCUUCUCAUACAGCGAGGUGGAACUGGUGGCGGUGGAUUGGCCAACAUUUCAUCAUCGAGAUCAAUCGUCAGCAGGUCAUUCAACCCCGUUGGAGCUAGCACUGUCCUGGCCGGUGGAGCAGUGACCAGUGUGACUGACCAGAGGAAGCAAGAGAAGAGGGAGAUGCAGGAUUUGAAUGAGAGGUUUGCCGGCUACAUCGAGAAAGUUCGCUUCUUGGAGGCUCAGAACAGAAAGCUCGGGGAUGAGUUGGAAGCGUUGAAAGCGCGCUGGGGAAAGCAGACCACGAUCAUCAAAUCCAUGUACCAGGCUGAUCUCGACCAGGUCAAGAAACUGUUGGAGGAAAGUGAGAAGGAGACGCAAAGAUUGCAGAUACAAGUUGCUUCGUUGGAAGAGAAAGUUGACGAGACCAGAAGAAAACUGGAAGAAGCCCAACAUGCCGUAGACGAGAGUAGGGAUAAACUGGAGAAGCAGAUCCAACAAAUUGCGGAGAUUGAAUCCGAAGUGCACUUGUUGAGGUUAAGGAGUGACCUGCUAGAUGGCGAUAAGAAGUACCACAAAAUGAUCAUCGCUAGACUGCAAGACAGUCUCAAUAGAUCGAGAUCGGACUACGAUGCCCAAGUCGCGGAGCAUGAUGCAGCUGAAGCCAGAAGACUCGCACUUGAAGAAGAACUCAAAUUCUUGCAGGAACUCCAUGAACAAGAACUGCGUGAGCUGGCAGCCAAAGCCUACUUCGACUCAACAGCCUCCAACAGAGAAUACUGGAAGAGUGAGAUGAGUUCGGAGUUGAAAAGAUUGCAGGAGGAGUACGGAGAAAAAAUUGAUGAACUUCAGAACGAGAUGAGCUUGAACUACAACAUGCAGAUCCAAUCAUUGAAUCUUCCAAAAGUUCAACCAGUUGGUUCGUCUAGAGAUGAGACCAUCCGUCUCAGAUCACAAACAAAUGAACUGAGAAUGAAGAUCAAAGAACUGGAAGAUAGAAACAGCCUUAUCAUGCGUGAGAUUGAAGAUUUGAAACACGACAAGGAAUUAAGAGAAGCUGAACUUGAAAAAGACAUUGAGCAGUUGAGAAUUGACGUGACGACGCUGAGGGCUGAGAUGGAGGCCAUCAACAGAGAACUGGAGAACCUUAUGGAUGCCAAGUUGGGAUUGGAGAAGGAGAUACACGCCUACAGAAAACUUCUGGAAGGAGAAUCCAACGAAGAAGGCCUUAAACAGGUAGUGGACAACAUGUUCGAUUCCUUGGUGAGUGCAAACCAGUCCAGCUUCUCGCACUCUUUCCUCGGAGGGGUCUUCAAUGCCAACACCAGUGCAUCUGCCGGAGGUGCUGGCAUGGGAGGUGGUGCUGGAUUCCAUUCUGGUGGUGGUGGGUCUGCCGCUGUCGGUGGUGGUGGUUCAGGAUUUGGGGAAUACAAUGCCUCAUACUCUUCAUCGUCGAAGAUCGGCGGUGGAAGCAGCUCAGUUAUCGGUGGCAGAACAAGUUUUCAAAGGAGCGCAAAAGGACCAGUCUCCAUCGCCGAGUGCUCCCCUGAUGGCAAAUUCAUCGUCCUUGAAAAUACCGGAAAAAGAAAGGAGGAUCUGGGUGGAUUUACAAUGAAGAGGAAUGUCGAUGGCAAGGAGAUGCCCGUCUACUCGUUCAAAUCUGACGCCAUCAUUGAACCACACAACAAAAUCAAGUUGUGGGCCAAGGGACAGAAACCCAGCAAUGCCACUGCAUCAGACAUCGAAACUGACAUAAUGAACUGGGGCACAGGCCAGAACAUCACCACCCAACUCUUCAACUCCGCCGGACAGGAUCGCGCGUCCCACAUACAAAAGACAUUGGCCGGCUAGACGAGCUCCUUCCUGGAAAAACAACACCAAGCACCAUCAAAAAUUAUUUCAGAA